AUGGUCUCCUGGAUCAUCUCCAGACUUGUGGUACUGGUUUUUGGUACGCUAUAUCCCGCCUACUCGUCAUAUAAAGCCGUCAAGUCAAAAGAUGUAAAAGAAUAUGUGAAAUGGAUGAUGUAUUGGAUUAUAUUUGCCCUAUUCACAUCUGUAGAAGUAUUUACAGAUAUGUUUCUAUGCUGGCUUCCUUUCUACUAUGAACUGAAGAUAGCCUUUGUGGUGUGGUUAUUGUCGCCUUACACUAAAGGCUCCAGUGUGCUCUACAGGAAAUUUGUUCAUCCCACUCUUUCCUCUAAAGAAAAGGAUAUUGACGACUACAUCCACCAAGCCAAGGACAAAAGUUACGACACGCUGGUGCAUUAUGGGAGAAAGGGGCUUAACGUGGCCGCCACCGCUGCAGUCAUGGCUGCGACAAAGGGCCAAGGAGUUCUGACGGACAGGUUGAGAAGUUUCAGCAUGCAAGAUCUCGCGGCGUACGAGUCGGACACAGCCGCUUCCACACAGCCGACGAGAGCAGAAGCGGCGGCUCAGCACCGGGCCCGGACCAUGAUGCGAAGCAAGUCUGAGAGCUACAAUAAAGGUGAAUAUUUUGACAUGACAGACUUUGAGGUGUUGGCAUUAGACCAAAGAGAGCCAGAGGAGUCGCUGACACCUGAUCCCUCCCCACCCUCCACGCCGUCUCCCGCUCCUCCGGCUUCAGAGGAGCCUGCAGAGGGAGCGGGAGGCGCGCAGGGGGCUCCCAACUCUCCUCAGCUCGGGCUCAUGAAAAGAAAAGCUCCCGAGCCUCCUCUUAGAGUCUUAAGGCCUCUGACCAGAUCCAGGAGCGCCGCGUGUUCAAGCACUGAAGCCAUGUGA